AGGGGGGGGGGGUAAUCUAUUCUAGCCUCAUUUCAACUGGGCGUUUCCAACCUCUGCUGGGAUUCUACAUCACGUAGGUGGGUCGUUUCUUUUUCCCCCCUUGUUUUCUUUUUUUCAAAUUAGAGGACCACGGGCACCAGCAGCAGCGAUCCGCCGGCCAGAGGGAGCACAGAGCCGGUCAGCAUGAACAGGUGCCUGAUUAGUCAGAUGGAGGUGCAGGGCUUCAUUGAGAGGUGUUUGGCAGCAGUGGGCGCCAAACCACACCACGCCCGCAGCCUGGCCGAGGUGUUAGUGGAAGGAGACUGCAGAGGCCACUACAGCCAUGGACUGAACAGGAUGGAUAUGUAUGUGAAAGACAUCCAGACGGGGAUCUGUGCUGUUGAUGGAGAGCCGGUGGUGGAGAAGGAGAGUGCCGCCACAGCUCUGGUGGAUGGGAAGAACCUCCUGGGCCCGGUGGUGGGGAACUUCUGCAUGAAUCUGGCCAUAGCCAAGGCCAAAGAGGUCGGCAUUGGCUGGGUGGUGGCACACGGUUCCAACCAUUUUGGUAUUGCUGGAUACUAUGCGAUGCAAGCACUAAAGGAAAACAUGAUUCGUACUCUGGGCACCAACCCCUUGAGCAUAGCCGCUCCGGCCAAAGAUGGAGACAGCUUUGUACUCGACACGGCCACCUCAACGGUAGCACUUGGAAAGGUGGAGCUAAAUGAUCGACGUGGAGACCCUAUACCUGAUGGGUGGGGGUGUGACCCCCAUGGGAAGAUAACUACAGACCCUAAGAGAGUUCUGACUGGAGGAGGACUGGUCCCUAUUGGCGGCAGUGAAGCCACAGGAGGGUACAAAGGCUAUGGUCUUGGAAUGAUGGUGGAGGUGUUCUGCGGUAUACUGGCUGGUGCCCAGUACAGCAAAUAUGUCCGCACGUGGAAGGUGACGGACCGCGUGGCCAAUCUGGGUCAGUGUUUUGUGGCAGUCAAUCCAGACAACUUUGCCCCCGGGUUCAACGAGAGGAUGUCAGAUCUUCUGUCCAUCCAGAGAGACCAGAAUCCUGCCGAUCCUGGCUCUCCUGUUUUGGCUGCUGGAGAUCCAGAGAGGAUGAACAUGAAGAAGUGUGAGGAGAUGGGUGGAAUACCCUAUCACAUCAAUGUCAUCAAAUACAUGAACGAAUAUGCGCAGAAAAUCGGCGUGAACCAGUUGCUUCCCUGUGACAAAAUGAUCUCAGUUUAGCUGGUCCCGUUUGAAUGUUCAACCUCAGAAAUCUGCCUCUCUGUGCUCUUAAAGUUCACUCUGAGUAACAUGGCUACACGAUUGUGUUUACGUAAAUUCUAGCUAUUGAGAGUGAUAUUUUAUAUUACCAAUACUGUACCAUUGUACUUUUUUAUAUACUUUUCUAUGCUGUCAAAACACAACAUAAAUGCCUCUUAAAAAGCUGUGACAUAAAAGUUAUGAUUCUUCAAACUUUAUUUUAUUUUGAGAAACUAUGUACUUGCUCUUGAAACAUACCAACCUCAACAAAAACUCAUUAUUUGAAGCUCUGCAGUGAGAAUGAGUUUACAAAUGUUUUACUUAUGUUAUCAUAAUUACUUGUUUUUAUAUGAAUUGUUCAUUUUCUCUUUUGGAAUCAAUUAUAGCUAUAAAUUGAUUGCUGAGUUAUUAUUCUCAAAAGUGUCAUUUUAGAUAGAUCAUCAUUUUAGAAACAGCUGAACAUUUAGCUGUGUUUACAUUGUCUACAUCUGCUCUUUUAAAGAAAAUAACAACCUACAUAACCUCAUGAACACAUUGUGUACUUUAUUCAUUAAAAGUUUUGUAACGGUU